AUGGCGACGUCGAGCGCCCAAGGCGCAUCGCGCAAGACGAACGGCGUUCUUCCAGUCUCGGGCCAGCAGGCUACCGCCGAUGCGCCGAAGUCGAACAAGAGUCGUGCUCCUGUCGAGGGCGAGAAGGUCGUAAUUAGAAGACUGCCUCCUGGCCUGACGGAGCAAGAGCUGUGGAACAACCUUGGCGACGAGUGGAAGGCGGGACAAGGGCUCGUCAGCUGGCACAACUUCGAGACAGGAAAGAUAUCGCAAGACCCCGCGAAGUCGUCGAAGCCCGCAAGACUCUACCUGCAUGUCCUCAAGCGUGAGAAUCUGAACACAUUGUCUACCCUCAUCCAGGCCAAGUCAUGGGAGGACGCGAAAAUGACGUCCAACAACCCAUGCCUCGUCGGACCACCCGUUCUCGAGCGUGCUCUUUACAAUAAGAUUCCGAGCGGCAAGAAACGAACCGACCCGCGACAGGGAACGAUCGACCAAGACCCCGAAUUCAUGGCUUUCCUCCAUUCUCUGACCAACCCGGAGCAGGACAAGGAGAAUGAUAGUACCGAGAAUAAGGACGGAGAGGAAUCGAAGCUGGAAUCUAAGGUCACGACGACACCUCUGAUCGAGUACUUGAAGGAGAAGAAGGCCAACAAGGCGAAGGAGGCUGCUGCCGCUAAGAGUGCGAAGCAGGCCAGGGAAUCACAAAACACCAAGGGCAAGGGAUCGGCGACCGCAGAGGAAACCAAGAAGGGUAAGAAGGAUUCGAAAUCAGAGAAAUCGACGGACAAGCCCAAGGAGACGGUCAAGAUUCUCACCAAGAAGGCGACUGCUGAGGCCGCCAAGGCAGCGGAGGCGGUUGCCAGUCAAACCACCCAGAGUUCGACGUCCCAAAGCUCCGCCGCUGCAUCAGACGCACCCAAGAGUCGACGAGCCGGUAUUGCGGCUGCCGCGCGCAUCCUGCAGCGCGAUCUUGGCAUCAGUCCCGGAAGCGCCCAUAGAAGGGCUCGACUGGAUGCUGCCAAGGCCGAGGCGGAAGCGAAGGCCACGACUCCGACUUCGAAGGAAGCAGCUCAGCCUGCGCCUGAGCCCCCUGCUCCCGCGGCGCCUCCGGCUGCACCAGCGCAAACAUCCUCGAACGCUACUCGGGCUUCUGAGCGUGACACAGCGCCUACCGCGCCCAAGUCGGGUCGCACUCGUAGGGGUGGGGGCGGAAAGAACGCAGCCGCCAACGAAGCAAAGGGCAAGUCCAGCGAAGCCACUUCCUCCAAUACCCCGGCUCCAGCCAAGACCCCUGUCGUUCUGCUGAAGAAGAAAGACGAAGACAAGCACAAGGAAAAGCCGGAAAAGAGUGAGAAGGCUGAGAAGGCCGAGAAGGAGGCCUCCUCAUCGCAGUCAGCUCCGGCCAAGUCCAACCCUCCGACAGGACCUAAGAGCUCAGGCAAGGGCGGCAACUCGAAGAAGGGUGGAAGCUCCAGUGCUUCAGUCACAUCCGGUGCCACCCGCGGCUUCGUUAAGCACGCCAACCCGUCUCAGGGCGUCACUGAGAACCUCCUCAAGCAGGCCAUGGAAGCCUUCGGCACCGUCAUCUUCGUCGAGAUCGACAAGCGGAAGGGCUUUGCCUACGUCGACUUCUCCGACCACGAAUCCCUCGUCAAGGCUAUCACCGCCAGCCCCGUCACCGUCGCCCAGGGUACCGUCCAGGUCCUCGAGCGCAAGGAGAAGAAGCCCGCCGCCAGCAACUCUAAUGCCAACGCUUCUUCCUCCUCCAACGCGCCCGCGGCGUCUUCUUCAACGCCGGCCGCCAGUAAGGACAAGGAGGCCAGUGCCACCGCCUCCGAUAAGCCGGAGGAGCAGCGCCACAAGCGCACAAGACGUGGUCGUGGAGGCGGCAAGGCGAAGGAACAGGCCGCCGCUGCCACCGCCGCCGCGGACAAGGCUGCGGGCGCGGGAUGA